UCGCCUCCAUAUCUUGUGCCUGGCGUGCCUGGACGAUCUUGGAUGAUCUCACAAAGCUAAAAACCUGCCCGAGCAGACAUACAAAUAUGUAGACACCCCUGGCUAUUAUGAUGAUGAUACUCCGUAAUCUCGUCGUCCCCAGGCCACUGUCCCGCAUAGAUUAACCUCCCUCCAACAUGUCUCGUCGAAAAUAUUAGUAUACGACUAUAUACCGGCUUCUCACUCCACAAGCCAGUCCUAGGCACGAUCUCAUGCCCGGGAUUUCUGAAGUUGAAACUCGUCGAGGGAAGGUCGCUCGUAAAUGUCCCAGUUGUGAGAUGCGUCUUAUAAGACACAAAUCCCCAUAGGUAGGCUCUUUUACGAGACUGAUACAUCCAGACUCGGACUUAUGGAAUGGGUCACAGUUACGAAGAACGCCAGCAUUAAUUUUCAUACUUGACCGAUAUUGAGUUUUACAAUGGCCAAAAUUAUAGGUCCCAAGGAGCUUAUACUAGGCGGGGGUUGAUUCGCUGCACUUCACCUCAAGUUCCUGAAGCGGAUCCAUCCAAUUGGAUCCUUGUGGCUCAGAGGGGCCAAGAAGCUAAGGUACAGACAGAUAGAGCUGCCCUGAAUAGGCCUCGCCUAAAAUGGGUUGCAGCCUACAGCCAACCGCUUCGUUGUACAUGAAUGCAUUCCGCGAGAGGCUCCAAGUGGAACGGCUGCCUACACCUAAAUCAACUUACUUAUUAAAUAACUUGGAGAAACCUAAACUCUAACAAUACCAGAAGAUUCCUCUCUUUUCCUUCUCAUUUCCUGCCUGCGGGACGAUUUCUUGAGCUACCCCCAAAGCCCCCUUUCUAUAUACUUGAAAAAAAAAUAAGCAGAGCUUCACACAUCGCUCAAGGAGAAAUGGUCCAAGCACAACCAACACCACAAUCUUACACAACAACAAAGAAGCUGACAGAGCGAACCCGAUACCCAGUCUGAGGUUCUCUAUAUAAUACUCUCGUCAAAAUCGUGGUUCUUUCUUUCAUUCUUGUCUCUUCUAUAAUAAGACAUUCCCUCAGACAUUCCCUCGACGCUCGAAUCUCGCCAAGACCGCAUAUAUAGCUCCAAACGCAUACCGUAUGUGCUUUGACACUUGAUUCAAAGCCCCCAUUCCUCAAACAAGCCAGCUUUCAAACGCUGAUCUCCUCGGCCCGUAUAACGUGUCUCACUUGCUUCUUUGACAAGGGAGUUAGAACGCUCCAUCAAAUAUUCUUCUCGUGGCGCCCCAUCAUCUGGCGUCAUUCCACCGGCCUUGAUCUGAACCCCAAGUAGGUCUGACAACCACACGAGUCUCACUGGACCCUUUCUACCGGGACCUAUCUUGUCCAAUGGCUUCUCGAGCUCGAGUCCUCAAGUUCCCCCGGAGUGACGACAAAUCCUCCUUUGUCCUUUUACAAGCCACGCCCAAUGGUUCGAAACGGCUUGAUUUGAAGCUGGUGGGCACUGAAGGAGAGGAACCUUAUGUCGCAUCCCUGAAACAUGAUAGGGUCGUGUCUCUCCGUGUGAAGAAUUGCCCUGCUUCAGACAGCGAAUGGCAGCGGAUUCUCGAAGAAUUGUUUCAGCAGGAACCCCUUCUCGAUAUUCAAGCCACAGCCACGGUCCAGAGCGAAAAGUCCAUCUCAAUCACCAUUCGAAAGGACAUACAGGGUAUCACUCAACGUCUGGGCUCGAUCACCCUCAAUCAUGAUCCAGAUGAGGCCAUUGAGUUAUUCGAUUGGUGUGGUGCAGCGGUCGAGGCCUCUGCCUCAAGUAAACAAACUGCGGCAGACCUGUCGGUAAAAUCCUCCGAGUCGGAGGCUGUUGUGGCUCAGCUCCAGUUACAGCUGGAAGAGUUAAUCAAAGCGAAAGAAGAGGAUGAAAUAGCGUUGCUCAGGAAGUUCAGGGAUCUCCUAAACGAGAAGAAGGUCAAAAUUCGCGAACAGCAGCAAGCAUUAAAUAUACUAUCAACAAAUCCAAGCAUAACGGGCCAAUUUCAGCGUUCCCAGGCUGUGGAAGACUCGGUUCAGCAACCGAAACCAAAGAAGCCUACUCGCCAAGCUGGCAAGUCAAGGGCGUCGAAAAGAAAGGCUCCCGCAUCAAAAAGACUUGAAGAAUCAGAGGACGAUGAUGCUGUUGACACGAUGAGUGUCGACCCUAAGCAGGAGGCCGUGGAUACGGAUCCCGGGAACACCACAGAAGCGACGGCAUCUGGUGAUAGCGACGACGAAGAUGACGAUGCCCUCGACUCAAGACCACAUCAGCAAAACAAGGCACCAGACACUGUUUCACGGGGCAAGACUGCUUCCAAGGAGAGCGAGAGACCGCCGCCGCCGCGAGCUCUGCCGUUCGAGACAAAGAAGUCGACAAAGGCUGCACCUGUACCCGCUCCUGCAGGGAGUGACACUGAAUCUGACGAUGAGCUUUGAAUUAUGGUUGAUGACAGUUGGCCGGGACAGCGGUGUGUAUUGUGUUCUCCAAAGUUUAUUAAUUUAAUGUAUACAUAUUUCAUUUGUUGGUUGUUGCGCGGCCGGUAUCGGCAAACCACCAUUAUAUACGUAUAGUUUACCCUCGUAGCAUGGAUACCAAGUUGCAAGACGGACCAUGAACAAAUAAGGUCAUGCCUUUCGUACACA